UCCUAAUGCCUGUUGCACAGGCAGUGAGACUUAUUCUGUAGCCUUCUCGUUAGGCUAACUUUGUAAAUCAUUUUCUGUUUUAGUCAUAACAGAAAUAUGAAAGCGCCCCUGUGUUCUGAAUGGAGCUCCCGAUCAGCACGCAUUGCCUCUGCAUGGCAUUCCUUACUGGUAUAAAUGAGGUUGCAGGGUGGGGGUACCUCUCUGGUGUGCCAGCUGAAAGAAGACAGGUUUCAAAACAGAAAAUAAUAUUCAGUUGAUUGAAUCUAAACACAAAGAACGACGCGCCGGUUCGUGACCUGCGCGCAAGUUGAUUUUGAAAGCUGACGUUUGCAUUUUGAAAGUUGAAAGCAGAUCCCAUUAAAGGCUCGUGUGUCUCUGUGGGUCAGAUUGAAUGUUUUAUCUCCCAAAGCAGGUGUAAUAGUUUGUACUUUGUUACCUCACAGAACAGUACCGAAGCUGUCUGUGAUAAUUACACUAAUCGUCUCCCGUCUCUGAAUAUCGUGGCUCCGGGGCGCUUAAACUGGAUCAACCCCGUACCAUAAUGAGAUUUCAUGGAUCUAACUAUAGAUUCAGUGUGUGGGCAUACUUGCGAACACACACAGCUUCAAUGCAGGGUUUCAGCAUGUUAUAGCCGCGUAUAAGAGUUAGCUUUGCUUGUUUAGUACACGGAUGGCUUUCUCUGGGUGCAGGAUUCCUGCAGAGGAACGGUUCGGUUGAGACGGCUGUGAGGAAACCCAGUCCCGUUAACCACCAUGGGAGGAUCACACGCGAAGAAGGUGAGCUGAGGAAGUCUGGGCUUGCUUGUUUAUCUGCGAGAGACAGCUACACACAACAGUCUCGUUUUACUUCCUGUUGGGUACAUUAAAACAGUAAGGUGGCGUUUCAUUAUGCCAAUACUGGUCUUAAUGCACACUUUACAGGCGUCGAUAAGAGCAAGUUUACAAUUCAUUUCACACACAAGUCCUGUGCUGUUCCGACAGUCAUACAGAAACGCUUUGUGCUUUAAUUAGAUAUCUUAAUCCAACCAUGUGCGGCUCUGUGUUCAUUUUCUCUUACUAUUUUUAAAUGAACUGCCCGUGUGUCCUAUUAAAGUCAUCAAUUAAAUCAGACCAUCACUAAUUUGCUUGUUUUCCAAAUUUUCCAAGCUGUUCGUUAACGGUGGUUUGAUUUCAUACGCAAAACAAAUCGCAACAACACAAGCAAUGGGGUGUUGUAAUAAACGUGCGCACUGCUUGUAUAGUCAUUGUAUUAAUAGAAAAUGUAUCACAUGUUCAUUUUUCUGUAAGCUAGCUGAUAAAAAGUGUCCCGUGCAAUAGUUGGUCCACACACCUCCCCUCCCCCUCUACAGUAGCAAUCACAGAGAUUAACAAUGUAAUCUGAUUCACAUCGGCUUUAAUCUUUUAAUGGACAUCUGUUGCGCUUUCCAAAUUUCACUACCGUGCAACUACUCUGACAUUUAACCCACUUUUUAGAAAAUCUGCAAUGUAUUUUGCAGAAGUGUAACAGUUUGAAAUCGUUCCCUGCAUGAAUUUUCUUUCUGUUUUCUCUUUGUCUGUGUUGCGACGCAUGCGAAAGACUGGAUUCAGAAGGCAAAGCAAAGAAAACUACAGCAUCAGAACACCCCCCUCUCACCUGGACACUGACAGCUCCCUGAAUUUAAUUCAGCCCAGAAAAGUAACCAACCCCGUCCUGGAAUCACAAAACCACCAGGACCUGCACAGAGAGCUCGUUCUGAGCUGCAGACGAGGGCUUCUGCCAGAGAACAAGCCAGAGCUGCAGAGAGUGCUGGAGCGGAGGAAACUGGAACAGCUCCGAGAGCAGGAAGAGGCGCAGAGACUCAAAUCAGAGCUAGAGCAGGAGCUCAAGAAGAGGCAGCAGAAACUGAAGCUGUACGAGCAGGAGCAGAUGAAACCGAAAGAAGACCAGGAGAAGGUGCCUGAGUUUGUGAAAGUGAAGGAGAAUCUCCGCCGGCUCAAACUGAAUGGGGAGUAGGGUAGCAGCUGCUUGAUCACCAGGAGGGAGAGGGAAAACACAGCCCGAGUCUCGAAUCACUCGAACCUGCCAAGGAGACACAGCCCCUUUCAAACAGAGAAAAUAAACUUCAGGGUUCCAGGGUUCUUCAUCAUGAGAUGAUGCCAUGUUUAUUAGUGUGUGUGUGUGUGUGUGUGUGUGUGUGUGUGUGUGUGCAUGUAUGUAGGUAUGCAUUCAAGCACAGUAAGGUGCAUAAUUCAGUUUAGGGCUUUUAGAUUCUGAUUGAUGGUGCUGUAUGAUAUUAAAUGGGUUUUAUCAUAUUAAGUUAAAUAAUGAUGCAAACUAUCUUAGGCAAAGAAAUGUGAGGUGGCUGUGUCACAUGAAUAUCACGGCUGCUAUGCAAAGUGUGAUUCGUGACACCAAGGAUGCACUCAAAUAUCUGCAAGCACUGUUCAGUAAAUUAUUCUUCACCGAUUGCAAUAAAAAAAAAUAAUAAUCAAAUUCCACUUUUAACGUUAGAAGUUUGCAAAAUGUUUCGCUUUUAUUUUUGAACCUGUUUGCGUCUGUUUGCAACACCUGCGGGUGUCGAGCGGAAGUUUUCAAACUGCAGACCACCAGGCGGAUGUAGUCUAGAAAGAAAAAGAAAAAAAAAGAAAUACAUAGCUCGCGCCUGAGAUGUGGUGAUUCCAUCCAAGGAAACCACAAGCAAAUCUGAUCUGCCUCAAAGAGAGCGCUUCCUCUGACCCGAUUCAUCUGAGAACCCCGUGAACACGCUCAAGAGAGUCCGAUCUUCAAACCGACGCCUUUGUGACGAGCCUGACACACCUGAGUUAUCAGAACCCUCAAUACGGCCUCAAUAGCGCUCUCAGAGUCAGGUCUAACCUCCAGGUAAUUCGGUGACGUCAAUUUAGGCUACCUAUACAAACGUUAAAAAGGUCUUACUGUGCGUAUUGCGCAUGCCCAGACUAUUUUCAACCUGCACCGCGCAUGUGCAGAUUCCCCCCCCCUCGCCCCCCUUGAAAUCUGCUGUCUGUUUUUUUGGAUGUGAAAGUACCCGUUGUGUUUAAAUUUUACUCGACAUGUAUUAAUUCGUUUGAUAUUAAAUGCAGACAGCUGCUGCUAACGGCCGGUAAAGCGUACUGUAACGCAGCUCUCGCAUUGGAAGAGCCUUUAGUCACUAUGCACCUGUAUUGUGGAACAAUCUCCCAACUGAAAUGCGUAAAGCUGACUCCCUGCAUGCAUUAAAUCAAAGCUUAAACUCAUCUUUACGCAGAGGCCGUUCUGUACAUUGGAAUAGGCCUAUUUUAGAUUUUUGUUCACAUGUAUUUUAUCUA